AUGACUAGCUUUGACGCAGGGCAUGAGGAUCUAAUUCACGAUGUCGCUUAUGAUUUUUAUGGUAAGCGACUUGUUACUUGCUCUUCAGAUCAACGUUUGAAAGUCCGGGAAUUUGUAGAGGAGACAGGUGUUUGGGAAGACGUCGCUACUUGGAAGGCUCAUGAUGGAUCAAUACUUCGCGUCGCUUGGGCCCACCCUGAGUACGGUCAAGUCAUAGCCUCUUGUUCCUUUGACCGUACGGUUCGCAUAUGGGAGGAACAAGAAUAUGAGCCAAAGAAUAGCGACAACCGUUUUGGAAUGAGGGCUCGACUACCAGAGAGUAAAAGCGCCGUACAGGAUAUAGAGUUUGCUCCGAAUGCACUUGGAUUAAAAUUGGCCGCCGUAGCAGCAGAUGGAUCGAUAAGAAUAUACGAAGCAAUGGAAGUUACGAACUUAAAGAAAUGGACGCUCCUAGAGGAGUUUAAUGUAUCUGGUAGUAUCCAUAUGAAGGAAGCGGAAGGUAACUACUGUAUAUCAUGGUGUCCAUCCCGAUUUCAUGCAUCAAUGAUUGCUGUUGGUUGUGGAAAAGAAGCACGGAUAUAUAAACAGAAUGCGAUAAAUAACUGGGCUGCCAUUAUAACGUUGUAUGGCCAUAAAGAUACCAUACACGACAUUAGUUGGGCCCCCGCAAUGGGAAGGAGUUAUCAACUCAUCGCAACUGCGUCGAAAGAUCAUUUUGUCAGAAUAUACAAGCUGACACCGGCAGAGUCGGGAUAUUUUAACGUCAGCAAUGUUGCAGAAUUCUCUGAUCAUGGUGCUGAGGUGUGGCGUGUGGAAUGGAAUAUAACGGGUACUAUUUUAGCUUCAUCUGGUGACGACGGGAAAGUGCGUUUAUGGAAAGCCAAUCACAAGGGUGAAUGGAAGUGGUUGAGCACUAUCGACUACGAUAAACCAAGAGAUUUUAUGGAACAAUAA